AUAAGCCACAUAUCAACAACGACUGCAAUACAACACACUGAUUUUACAGCUUGGUGGAAUGAGAUUGAACAGAUACUUCUUCGGCGAAGUUCUUCAGCUUUGAAUAUUCAGCAAACAAUUGCCGAAUUCAAAAUUUGCCCUCUUGAUCUGGAAGAAGAGAGAAGGAUACAGAAAGAAAUAAAAAAAUGGAAGGACUAUGAAGACGAUGUUGACCGUCUGAAACAGGAAAUGACAGCCGUGAAAGAAAAUGUAUCUGACAUGAAAAAAGACAUUGAAGACGUAAAGGGAAAUGUAACUGAAGUAAACAAAGACAUUGAAGGCAUAAAGAAAAUGGUAACUGACGUGAAAAGAGACCUAGAAGGCGUAAAAGAAAAUAUUACUGAAGUGAAGAAAGACUUUAAAGACGUGAAGGCAAAUGUAACUGAUGUGAAGAAAAGCCUAGAAGACGUAAAAGAAAAUGAUACUGCAGUGAAGAGAAACUUUGAAGGCAUUAAGAAAAAUGUAACUGACGUAAAAAGAGACCUAGAAGGCGUAAAAGAAAAUAUUGCUGAAGUGAAGAAAGACUUUAAAGACGUGAAGGCAAAUGUAACUAACGUGAAGAAAGGCCUUGAAGACGUAAAAGAAUAUGAUACUGCAGUGAAGAGAAACCUUGAAGGCAUACAGGAAAAUGUAACUGAAAUGAAUAAAGACCUUGAAGACGCAAAGGAAAAUGAUACUGCAAUGAAGAGAGACAUUGAAGACAUUAAAGAAAAUGUAACUGACGUGAAGAGAGACGUUGAUGAGAUCAAAAAGCGGCAAGGGACAGAUGAAACAAGGCAGGGCAGACAGAAGAAAGCAAACAUUUUUCAGAGGUUUUUAGAGUGGAGACGUUAUAACCGGAUGAAAACAAAACUUCAAUGCGACCUGAUUAAAUUCUACAGAAAAAGGUGUAGUUCAAUACCUCUCUCACCGCUUCUUGAAGAAGUAGAGACACCUUUAGCUGGGUUCUAUGUGAUUCCAGAUAUAGUCGCCGUAAAACAGAAGUCCCUAACUUGUCAUGAAGAGGAGAAAACACCUAUCAAGUCUUCGAGGAACCUGUUUUCAACCGGAAGUCAAGAUCAACAAGAAAUUUAUCUAUCAGCUGAUGCAGGUUUUGGUAAAACUGCUUUCUCAAAAUAUCUUGCAAUCACGUGGUGUCAAGCUCAUUGCCACGAUGAAAACUACGCCUGUUUUAAAGACGACGAGUUAAAGACGUUAUUAGACUUCAAGUUCUUAUUUUUGGUUUUAUUAAGAGACUGUACCUCUGUUUGUAAAAUUGACGAUAUGAUUGAACAGCAAAUUACGAGGAAACUUCCUACUUCUGCAAUACUAGAUGACGUUUUACGUAGAGAAAAAUGCUUGAUUAUAUUGGACGGUCUUGAUGAAUGGACUCACCCUGAUAAUAGCUGUAGCGAAGUAACAGAAAAAAUCCCACAUCGAUACGUACGUGAUAAUUGUGUUAUUCUAACGACAACUCGACCGUGGAAGCUUGGAGUUGCAGAUCUCAAAACAAGUCAAAUAAACAAAAAAGUAGAAUUGGUUCAAUUAAGUGAAUAUUCUACGUGGCAACUAGAAGAAAAUGCUAUAAGAAAAAUGACCGGUGUCCGUGAUGAUAGAGUACUGGAAAGUAAAAUAUGUGACUUUAAUAAAGUGAUACGUGACCGUCGCCUAGAGCACAUGCAAGUGAUUCCACUCCUCCUCAUGUAUAUAGUUUGCCUAUGGUGCAACAACAUUCCUAUAGGAAAUUCAAAACAUGAAAUUUACACCAAUAUCAUUGAAUUUCUGUUAUCAAGAACGUCAAAGAAACACCCGGGAGUUCAACCAUCUCGUGAAUCGUCUGCCAGUGAAAUUCCAGGUUACUUCAAAAGUCAUGAAUCUUUUAAAAAGUUUUACAGUCUUAUAACAUCAUUAGCAGAACUAGCUUACCAAACAUUAUUGAAUGAAACAAGAGAAAAUAUGCUGGUAUUUGAUAGAAAUGUUGCUGAUAUAUAUCUCAAAGCAGCCGACAUGAAAUUAAGUCUUCUCUCGGGAAUACUGUCAGAAAGUAGAAGUAAAACUUUAAUUAAAGAAAUUAUUAAAGUGUCAUUUUCUCACAAAACAAUGCAAGAAUUCUUUGCCGCCAUAUUUAUAAGUUCUCAAAGUGACGCUCAGAAAACUGUUGUAGAAAAAUGUAGAAAUGUUCAAGAUAUUCUGGACAUGUCAAAAAUUUGUGAAUUUAUAAGUGGAAUGAAUGCUGACCGGAUGUGUGAAAUAUCAAAUGGUUUGAUGUCUGUGAUAAAUAAAGACGAGAAAACACGCAACUAUAGAACUAGGACAGAUUACAGUACCUCAUUGUAUAACAUACAGGAAAUGUUUAUGUCGUGUUUACAAAUAAUGCCUGAAAGUGAAAAUAUUCAAUUAUGUUUACAAGAUUUCUUCAUUCACCAUCGCAACGUGCACAAUGGUGAAAGUUCAUUGUUACUGUCACGUGACAUGUUGAAUAUUGAACGUGUGGAGUUGACGGGGAUAGAAAUGUCUGCAGAAAGUUUACAGAACUUUAUUACCGUGCUGGAAAAUCUGCCGCAGUCAGUUACAGUAGAGAUGAGAGACAUUAAACCGAGAACAGAAUAUGACCGUGUUAGAGAAAAUAUAUUGAGAUCACAAACUUUUCAUGUGAUACAAGACUACGACUGGUGUGGGAUUGAGUUCAAAACAAUAAAACCAAGUAAAGAAUAA